UGUGGGUGAUCAGGACUUCCGUGCAGCUCUUGAAAGAUGUGUUUGCGGAACGAACCUGACCAUGAGUGGUGGACUUUCAGGUGCAGGGUUGCUGCUGUUUGCUUUGGGCUGAUGGAUGGCCUGGCUGGCUAGGGCACGGUGCCGAAGUCAAGCUGCGGUCAUAGCAGCUGGUGACCCACGUUCUGCACGGGUGGCCUUGUGGAGUUAUCUCGGUUUCGAGCUGGCCUGCUGCUGUGGGACGGCAGGCUGCUCCCUCUGCUGUGGUUGCUGCCCCAAGGUCCGACAGUCUCGCACCACCCGCUUCAUGUAUGCACUCUACUUCAUCCUGGUCGUCGUGCUGUGCUGCCUCAUGAUGUCCCCCACUGUGGCCAAGGCCAUGCAGGAGCAUAUUCCAUUCUUCGAAGACAUCUGCCAGGGCAUCAAGGCUGGUGAUACGUGUGAGAAGCUGGUGGGCUACUCGGCAGUGUACCGUGUCUGCUUCGGCAUGGCCUGCUUCUUCCUUGUCUUCUGCCUGCUCACCUUGGGGAUCAACACCAGCAAGGGCUGCCGCGCCCACAUCCACAAUGGCUUCUGGUUCUUCAAGCUGCUGCUGCUGGGGGCCAUGUGCUCUGGAGCCUUCUUCAUCCCGGACCAGGAGACCUUCCUGAAAGUCUGGCGCUAUGUGGGUGCUGUCGGAGGCUUCCUGUUCAUAGUCAUCCAGCUGCUGCUCAUGGUAGAGUUCGCGCACAAGUGGAACAAGAACUGGCACGCCGGCACGGCCAGCAACAAGCUGUGGUACGCGUCCCUGUCGCUGGUCACCCUGGUCAUGUACUCCAUCGCCACUGGAGGUCUGGUGCUCAUGGCAGUGUUCUACACCCGGCUGGAGGGCUGCACGCAGAACAAGAUCUUCCUGGGCGUGAACGGGGGCCUGUGCCUGCUCAUCUCCGCGGCUGCCAUCUCCCCCUGCGUCCAGGACCGACAGCCCCACUCCGGGCUGCUGCAGUCAGGGCUCAUCAGUUGCUACGUGACCUACCUGACUCUCUCGGCACUGUCCAGCAAGCCCGGGGACGUGGUGCUGGACACGCAUGGGAAGAACGUGACGAUCUGCGUGCCUGACUUCGGCCAGAACCUGUACCCGGACGAGAACCUGGUGACCUGGCUGGGCACGGGUCUGCUCAUUGCCUGCAUCCUGUACUCCUGCUUGACAUCGACAACGAGGUCGAGUUCUGACGCCCUGCAGGGCCGAUAUGCAGCUCCGGAGCUGGAGGUGGCUCGUUGCUGCUUCUGCUUCGGCAACGACGUCGUGGAGGACCCCGAGGAGCAGCCGGCGGGGAAGAAGGCCCGGCGUGUCCUCUACGACGAGAAGAAGGGCACGGUGUACAGCUACCCUUACUUCCAUGCUGUGUUCCUGCUGGCCUCGCUCUACAUGAUGAUGACCCUCACCAACUGGUUCCACUAUGAAGGCGCCAGCAUCCACACCUUCUUCCGGGAGAGCUGGUCUGUCUUCUGGGUCAAGAUGGCCUCAUGCUGGACGUGCGUGCUGCUGUACCUGUGGACCCUGGUGGCGCCUCUCUGCUGUCCCACUCGACAGUUCUCUGUGUGACACAGCUCCGGCCUGCUGACGGCAGGCAUAUUGAGGCUUUCAGUGGCUCCUGAGCCCCGAGAGAAGCCAGCACCUCUUGCCUGUUUUAAGUGUGAUCAGAAAGCUCUCAGGAAGCACAGCCUGUUCUGUCAAGCUUUUUAAUUCACACAUUAAACAGAAACUGCUGUUCGUCUAAAGGGAUUUGGAAAGUCCAGCCACAGCGAUGUGGGGGAUACACGUGUGUAUGUGCAGACGUCUUGCCCAGAAAGUGGGUAGAUGCCGUGCGAUUUUCCUGGGGUGCAUUUUUACCUAACCAGAAUUUGGGGCUCGCAGCUUUUCAUAGGGAUAAGAUCACCUCAUUGGCCUGACGUUCAUGUCUUUGGUAUAAAAGAGUCCCCAGCUCCUAAGACCCAUCCUUGCUUUUCCUCCCCUUGCCUAUUCUCUGGUCCUCGAGGUCCCAUCCUCUGCCCCAGUAUUUAGGGGGCUGAGAGGGAGUGCCUGCCUUCCACUCGCCCUCAGAGCCCCGUCCCAGAGGGACUGCGAUGCUGGCAGUCGCAGCCACCCCUCGGCACCUUCCUCCUCCUCCUUCUGACCCCUGUCAGAAUGUGAAAAGCACAAUUCACCAUCUCUCCCUGUGGUCACCUCUGUUUCUUCCCAGCUUAUGAUGGGAAUUGCGCUUAGCUGGGGUGGUGGGCACUGUUUGCUGGGUGUCUGCAACGAGGGCUGCAUUUCCUUUUUGUAUUUGCUGUGAUAAUAGCACCCUAGGGCCCGGACCUACACCUGCCACAGCCCUGCAGGGCUCAGGGCUUCUCCUCAGCCUCCCUGGCCUCCAGGCCUGUGAAAUGGAGCCAGGGCAGAACUUUGGCCUCCGGGGCUGUCCCUGGCUCCCCUUUGUGAUUCCUGUGGGGUGGCGGGGGAGGGGGCCCAGCCGGUCUGCAGGGGCGGCUGCCAGGCAGGUGGCUAUUGGAGGUGACUGAGCACAGGUGUAGAAUGGGGGUGGGGGGGGUUGGGGGGGCUGUCAGUGACUUCCCUGGAAGUUCCCAGAGUCCAUGCUUGUGGAGGGAAGGACAUCAGCAGCCAUGAGGGUGAGCGAGUCCAGCAUCUGUGUCCUUGGGCAGGAAUGAGGGUCCCACAGCCCAAAUCCGUAGGGCCCCAGGUGGUGUGGGGGAGGCAGGGCUUCCUGAGGAUGCUUCCCACAGGUUGCAGCCUAGAUGGCUGCGUGACGCCCUCUGUAGCAAUUGGGCAGAACUAGGGUGCUCCUGCUGUCAUGUUGAGGGCCAUCAGAUCCUUCCUCACUCCCUCACUUGCCCGUGCCCCGGGAUGCCAGGGCGUUCUCCCUCCAGCUGUCCUAGGAACCGAGCUGGGCCUGGGAGGGCAGGCUGCAUGGACACGGUAGCCCUGGGGACAGCAGCGGGGGUUUCGGGUGAGCUGAGGUUGCCUUUAGCCAAUGUGGAAGAAGAGCUGGCAGUGUCACUGUCUCCGUCACUGUCCAGCAGAGGUCUUGACUUGUCCUCCUCAUGGGCCUCAGCCACAUGCCCUGGCCCCCUCCCCUGCAGAAAGCAGCUCAGGGAAACACAGGUGACCGAGCCACCCCCAGAAUCUUCCCCUGGUCCAGGCCUAGCCCGUUCUCCAGUAGGGAACAUUGUGCCCUUCACUGGAUUCCACUCAACUAUGGUUCACAGGGUCAUUGGGCCACAGCAGUGCAUGCCGUGGGCAGUGAGUCCACGCUCACAGGAUUAGGAAUCACCCUCCUGGGUGACCUGUGACCUAGGGAACUGGAAAAUCAUGCCAGUUGCUUGGAGCUGUGAUAACAGAGGUGUUAAGUUAAUGAACUCAUGGUUGCUUCUCUAACCAACAGCCUUGGCUUCCUGCAAGGCUUUGUAGCAGGUGUUUGAAGUAUGUCUCCCAGGCCACGGACAGACUCCUUGAGGGAGUUUCAGGCUCUCCCUAUGUCUCCUCUUGGCCGCUUCUUCCUCAGGGGGACCCUUGGGCAGAGGAAGUGUCACUGUCCCAAGUCCCCUGCCUGGAGGCCCAGGUCCAUCCUGACCUCUGGGACCGCAUGUCCUCAGUGCUGGGCUGUGAGGGUCUGGCUGGACGGGUUGGUUUCUAGUUUGCUGAUGUUCUUGGUGCUUUCCGCAGAGUGGACAGAAGAUGCAUGCUGGGCUCAGGGUGCUGUCCCCUAAGGGUGGCCAUCCUGCCUCGGUUCCUGGCCCGUGGCACUGUCCUUUCUCCUCCUCUGAGAGUUCCUAGCAUAGUGACCUUGUGUAGUACUUGUGCUGUCCCCUCUCUCGUCACGUCGGCCUUUCUGAGACUCUGCUUACUUGACUGCAGUCAGCAGCUUGCCCAUCAGUGCUCCUGUCCCCCAGGGACAUCUGGCCUGUGACAAGACUGCCUUGACUAUGCUCCCUUGGCUGCCUCUCUGAGCAGCGUUGUGCUAUCCUGUCCCACUCUAGCCCUGGGACAUGGAACAGGGUCGCCCACAGCCAGGAGAGUCUGACUCCCAGCCAGGAGCCUGCCACCCACAGGGGCAGUGGCCAUGCAGCUCUGGUCCUCCGGGCAUCGUGCGCUGAGCAUGCAUUCCUGCAGUGGGGGCUCUAACCUUCCUGCCCAGGGUGCCAGCCACAGACCUGGAACUCUUUUCUGUUUCUGAGUCCCUCACAGAGCAGUCACACUGAAAGGUUCACAUGCUUGCCUUUUACCAAAGAGGUGUUUCAGGUUUUUUGUUUUAAAGCCAAGUCCUGUCAGGAAAAAACUGAACUGGGGAAGGGCAGAUUUGGUAAGCAUAUCUCCACAUCCUCUUCCAUAGAAACGUAACCAGCCUCAGUGUCGGGGUAAAGUGUCCUGGGAAAUCCUCUCAGGUAGAGAGUCUACAGCAGAUGGGUAAUAUAUGUUUUGAGAGCUAUUUAUAAGAAAUUUAAGAGGAUUGGUUUUUUUAAAUAAAGAUUUAACCUUUUUUAUUUUGUAAAGAAAAAAUUUUAUAGUCACAAGUUUGUUAAUUUUUAAAACUUUUUCUGAAACAAUUAGCUGUAGCCAGAUUUUGUGGUUACGUUUUAUAUUUUAGAAUUUGUAUUUUAGAAUCAGAAAAGGCAGUGUAUGUGGCAAAACUGCUGUUCAGUGUUCGUAAAGGUCUCUGAUAGCGUUAAAGUUUCUUAACUUCUAAAAUUGUUAUUUUUCCCCUGGAGUCAAAAAGCCAAUUAUGGAUUUGUAUUUUUUUUUUGGAUGCUAAUAUUUCUACAAAGCAACUAUGUUCACCGUCUUUUCCUAUGUGGAAGCCUCAAAGCGUGUUAGCUCUGUACUUUAAUAAAACAUAAAAUUGAAAAUGGCA